CUUACGUUUCCUCUAAGCAUCCUUCUCUUCGUCCUCCUCUUCGUCCUCCUCUUCUUGGCUAACAGUUUUGACGUACAAUUAGUUUCGCGCGAGCGUCGCGAGCUAUCGUGGCAUUCCAAUAAUACAGAUCGAAGAAAAAAUCAAACUCGUCGGAAGAAAGACAAAGAAAAUGCCACGCAAGCGACGAGCUUCGACGCCGACGUUGGAAGCCGAUGAAGAGGAAUUCGUUUCGGAAGAAAAAUAUAGUAAAGACGAUUUGGACAGUCGUGCGCCAAGAAACGCGGCGAAUGCGAGGGAACGGGCUCGGAUGAGAGUGCUCAGCAAGGCGUUUUGUAGAUUAAAGACAACUUUACCUUGGGUACCAGCUGAUACGAAGCUCAGCAAAUUGGAUACCCUUCGUUUAGCAGCUACUUACAUUGCUCAUCUUCGAGCGGUUCUGCGAGAUGACGGGGAUGCGCACUCGGAGACAACCAGAUCCUUAUCUUUGGCGUUGUCUUGGCCGUUUGCUCUUCAAGGUGGGAACGCUUCUAUGUUGAUGAACAACAGUUGUAACGUGUCAUCGUCAACGUCGUCUAGUUCUAAUCAGUACCGUGGUCAGCAGGCAAACCAUGAGAUCCAGAAUUUCCAUCAUUCUGGACAUCAGAGCGUGUCACUGCGUCAUAAUCACGAGCCACAACUUUCCUAUUUCUAAUACAUCUGUCAGUGAAGACAUUAAAGAGAAUAUUGUGAGAAAUAAAAGAAGAACCUUUUGCUCGCCAACGAGAAGUUUCUUCGUUCACAAGAGUACUACAUAGAUCGAUUAAUAAUCGAGAAAAUCUAUUUAUUGCAGGGUGCUUUACUAUUCUGCUAUUUAUUUAUCUACUCAUUUAUGUUUGAAAAUCGAUUAUUAUAAUAUCUAGAUAUCGUAAAUAUCAUUGUAACCAAAGCAUAAGCGCUAGUCCAAUAAAGUAUUUCUAUAAAUUAUAAA